ACGUCAUUCGACUAGAACCUUUGGGAAAAUUUAAACAAACCCAAAAUGGCAAUGUUAAAUCGCAAGGUGGGUACCAGUGAUUUCAAUUUUUUCUUCCCUAGGCUAGCACCUAGUUAGUAGGUUCAUGGUUAAUCAUUUAACUUAUUAACGGCUUAAUUAGCGUAGUUUAAUUAGCGGGGGAAAAUUGAAGAGACUGUUAGAGUUUGCUAAAUAAACACGCACGUGAAAUGUGUCUUUUCCUUCUGACCCUCCGGGAACUCUACAGAAUUUUAUCAGCAGCAAAUGCCUAGUGUUAUUUAGUUGCAAAGAAGGCAGACCUUAUUGGCGGCUUUUGCUGUAAAAAAUAGAGCUUUUAGGGAAUUUAGAGAAAAUUCUACGCGCCGCUCUACAGUGAGGAGGAAAGUCCCUACGCGCGGGAAACUCGGCGUGCGCAAUUCUUCUUAGAGGGCGCAGGGUUCCAUUACCGCGCCGAAAAAGACUACAGUUUCACAGUCGACCCCAUCAGAAUAAAAGAUCAGAAACGUCCGUAAAACACUGACACAAAAUAUUACGUAUAGUACAAUCGAAAAUAUCAAAAUAAAUUUUAUAGCAACGCAUCCCGACCAAUAGUCGUGUUCAAGUUUCAAUCAGGAGAAGUAGAGUAGCAUGUAGUAGCAUAGGCUAGGUUUAAUCUGAGAGGAUUCAUUGCGAAUCGGUUAGUGUUUGAUUAGAGCCCAGUGUCCAUCCGUGUGAAAAUUUCAGUCGUCACAGGACUGGAGCACGUUGAAGCAGUAGUCUGGCGUCGGGACCAUAGAGUGAUGAGCGAUCAGGAUGUUGAUGAUGUUGCGUUUCUUACAGGUACAAAUCAUGCUCAAAUCACCCACUCCAUCUGCCAAUCAUCUCCUCUUAUACAUAAUCCCUGUGACACAGGCGGUGUUGCAGGAACUGAUAGCCCUACAGGUCAGCCCCAAAAGAAGACCCUUUAUGAAAAUAAUGGGGUGGCUGCGUGCAGCCACAACAGGGCUCUCUGUAUUGCCACUAUCGUAUUUGCCCUUCUUUUUACUAUCGCCAUUAUCAUCGCAUUCACUGGACCCCAAAGUGCAUUGUUUACAGACUGCACAUGUGCCGGUGAAAAACCGCCAAAUUACGUGGGUGGCGAAACAAACCUGACAAGAACUUUCAUUCCCAGAGCAACAAAUGGCCAAAUCUUCCCUUGGAACAAUGUUCGUCUUCCUACCACCUUGAAACCUUCUAGAUAUAACAUAACUAUCCAUCCCAAUAUUACCACCUUAGAAGUGAGGGGGCAAAUAUCGAUUGAAUUUCAUUGCGAUAAAGACACUAAUUUUAUAGUGUUGCAUAGUCAUAAUAUGACGAUCGUAGAUAAAAUAAUUCAGGAUAGAAGAGGGCAUAAUUUGACGAUUGUCAAAAUGUUAGAGUACAUUGGGAGACAACAGUUGUACAUAGAAAUUAAAGAAAAAUUUAAGAAGAAACACAACUAUACACUGAAAAUCAGAUUCAACACUAAAUUGAAUAAAGCGCAAGAGGGAUUUUAUAUUUCAAGCUAUGUUGGUUCAGAUGGCGAAAAACGAUUUUUAGCGGCAACGCAUUUCCAGCCGACUUUUGCACGAACUGCAUUCCCAUGUUUCGACGAGCCGAAUUUUAAAGCCAAAUUUAAAUUGACUAUUUUCAGGGAUAGAUUUCAUAUUGCCCUUUUUAACACCCCGGUUGUUAAUACGGAUGAUUUAGGAUUUUAUAUGGGAACUGGUUUGUUGAGGGAUGAUUUUCAAGAAACAGCGGAAAUGAGUACAUAUUUAGUGGCGUUUAUCGUGUGUGAUUAUACGAAUUUCAGGAAUCUAACCGACCGAGGAGUGUCAGUGUCCGUUUAUACUCCUCCUUCGUUUAAUGAAAAAGCCAAAUUUACCCUGGACACUGCCACUUCUGCUUUGGGCUAUUUCGAAGACUUCUUCGGAGUGCCAUACCCUUUGCCAAAAUUAGAUUUGGUUUCCAUUCCCAAUUUGUCUAAAGACGCAAUGGAGAAUUGGGGCUUGAUAACCUAUCGGGAAUCAACCGCAGUAAAUAACCCUGGAGAGCUUUCCACUUCCAUAGAUCAAUGGAUCACCACCACUAUCACCCAUCAGAUUAUCCAUCAGUGGUUUGGAAACUUGGUAACAAUGAAAUGGUGGAGUGAUUUGUGGCUAUAUGAAGGGUUUACCACGUAUUUACAAUAUUUAGGAGUAGAGAAUUAUUAUCCAGAAUGGCAGAUGCUGGAUCAAUUCAUUCUAGACAAAACACAGCCUGCCAUGGCAUUAGAUGCAUUAGUCAGUAGUCAUCCUAUAAAUGUCGCCGUACACGACCCUUAUGAAAUUGAAACUAUUUUUGAUACUAUUUCUUAUAACAAGGCAGCAGCGAUUAUACAUAUGCUCAGAAAUUUUUUACAAGAAGACUCUUUACAAAAUGGCCUUAAUGAAUAUCUUUCUACUUACAAGUAUACAACAGCGGAAACUAAAGAAUUGUGGAACACUUUCAGUAAAACCAUCAAUCAUACGCUAGAUGUAAAAGCUAUCAUGGAAACCUGGACCCAUCAAAUGGGAUUUCCGCUUAUCUCGUUGACGAAAGAAGGAAGCACGAUUUUAGCCACUCAAAAGAGGUUCCUUUUAUCGGUUAAAAGUGGAAACGAUAGCGUAUUGCCCAAGUCCAAAUAUGAUUAUAAGUGGUAUGUUCCACUAACAUUCAUUACGAGUAAUGAUAGUGAGUCGAUCCACAAUGUUUGGAUGAAUAUGAGCGACGUAAGUUUUGAUGUUGAUCCAGACAUCAAGUGGAUAAAGGCAAACACCAAUCAGUCAGGCUUCUACAGGGUGAUGUAUGAAGAGGAGAUGUGGCAUUCACUCAUCAAGCUUUUAAAAACAAAUCACACAAUGUUCAGCGCCGCUGAUCGAGCCAAUCUCAUUGACGAUGCGUUCACUCUGUGCAGAGCCGGACUGUUAAACGCAACAAUACCGCUUGAGCUCUCAACAUAUUUGAUUAAAGAACGGGAUUAUGUGCCAUGGGCCACAGCGAUAGAGCAUUUCCAAAACUGGGCCAGAAGAAUGUCUGAGUCGCUGCCCUACAAACUCUUCCUGAACUACAUGCGGAAUCUAUUAAGACCCAUAACUAAGUAUGUCGGAUGGAAAAACUCAAAGAAUCACGUAAAAGGUCUGCUGCGUGCAAAAGUUUUAUCGGCCGCUGUUCUUUGCGAACUCAACGAGACGAUUACUGAGGCGAAAGUUUUAUUCCAAAAAUGGAUGCUGCAUAAUGAGACCUUGGAUUCCAACUUGAAGGAAGUUGUGUACUCGGCUGGAAUAAAGUUCGGCGGAAUGGCGGAAUGGCAAUUUUGCUGGAAUGCUUACAACAGCACGUCUAAUUCAAAUGAACGAAUAUUACUACUAAAAGCUCUGGGGCAACCAAGGGGCGAUCCAUGGCUAUUACAAAGAUAUCUCAUAGAAACGUUAGAUAAAAAUACGAUUAGGCCUGAAGAUGUGAAAGUAGUGUUGGCAGUGGUGGCUGCUAAUCCCGAAGGAAAACUUUUAGCUUGGAGGCACCUUAAGGCAUAUUGGCCAACAAUGCAUUCGCUCUUCGGAAAUUCUACUUCCAUGAUGGGUAGUCUCAUAUCAGCAGUUACCGCACAUUUGUCUACCCCUUAUGAUUAUUACGAGGUUACUACAUAUUUUAAUGGAAUGAACGUUGAAUCAGCCUCAAGGGCUUUAGAGCAAAGUCUGGAGAUUAUUCAAUUGAACAUCAACUGGCUCAACAAGAACAAAGAAGACAUUUAUACUUGGUUGCGUAAAAAUGUUACCUAAAAAGUUUUCCGUUGGUUUGACGAGUCAGUAUACAGUUGGGUUGACUAAUCAUUACGGGGUCUAAAGGGAUUAGGUAAUAACUAGCUCCCAUAUCUUCCAUUACAAUUUCCUUUAAUCAAUUGGAUGAAACGAGGGAAUUCCAAAUAAAAGUGCAUUAGUUUCUUUACUAUGUCCAUUUAAAUUUGUUUCCUAAUUAGGAUACUGUCGCUACGACACCGUUCUUCCAGUAUUUUCUCAAUACUUGCACUUGAACUCAUUCAACAGAUUAAUCCAAAAUAGGUGUUGAAGCAAAAUACGGCGUGAAUUUUCAUCGUUAAGGACUCAAGGUUUCAAAACCCGCACUUUCCAUUUCUAAAUGCAAACAGUCCAUUGCCGUAGUCUAACAGCAAGUAUAUCACAAUACGACACAGCAAAUUUCUAGGGAAUAAGGACUAAGUUGGAAAACUGAUAUCAGGACUGAUGUAUUUUUGGAAGCUCAUAAUUCUUCCUCUUCCUCAUUCCUUAAUAUUUAUUAGAAAGUCAAUUAAUUAGCCCCUUGUAUCACAAUCGGGGCAUUUUCAUAACAUGAAUGAAUUGUUAAGCGUACCUAUUGAUCAGAUGAUUUCAACAUGAAGACAAACCACAGUAUACAUAUGAAAAAACAAAUUUUCCUCUCAAAAAACAGUCUUUUGGCGUACCGAUACAGGGUGUUACUUAAUCAAAUUUUAAUAUUCAAGGAGGUUAUUCUUUACUGUCUCUUGGCCUUUAGCAUGUUUUGUUUUAUCAAAACAUGCCCAAGUAUCGCCUCCUUGAACAUUCAAAUGUUAUCAAGAAACACCCUGUAGAUACGGCUGCCCCCUAGGUAAAUACUUGGCACGGUAGAUCCCAUAGUGAUAGUAACUUAUAAGGUAAAUAAAAUAUUUUCAAGUAAAACGGUGCAACAGCGUCGUGUUACUCCUGUCAAUAGAUUAGAUUAAUUCAGCAAUUGUGUUAGAAUUGUGUGAUAGUGAGUGCGAAGAAUCGCUCCUAUUAUACCCCUUUUAUACAUGGUGGUCACAAUUGGCUGAUUUAACAGAAAAAAACAUGAUUCUUGACUACAUUAAGCAGUUUGGACUUUUAUAUGUUCUGUAACCACCACCUAAGAGCAAUUCGAGUGGGUUAAAAUUGGAAGAUGUCCUUAAAUCGAACCUAUUCGAUGUGUUCAAUUGAGACCACCCUGUACAAGCAGAGCGAUGCGCGUUAUCAAUUUUCCUUUUUUGGUCAUUCCUGCAGUGAGAAAUUUAUUAUCCAACUAAAGUGACUUCGACAAUUUUCCUAGAUAAACUAAUUCCAUUAUUAUCAGUAUUCUUCCUAAACACUUUGUUUGUCGUAACUGGUAACCAGGCGCUAUAAAUAUCCUUAGUGGAUUGCUUCAACUGAUUCGUCUAUCAAACCUUAUGAUCAUGAAUAAUAUUUUUUACGUGGUAUUACUUUGUCAUAUUUUCCUUAGGUGACCUUUGAUUAAUUAAUAUUUUUCUAUUUUUAUAACUGUAUAUAAGGAAUAAAACUAGACGUGCUAUUUAGAAUGAAAUGGUUUGUCUGUCAAUGUUGAUAUAAAUGUGAAUUAUAAUAUUAUUUUUGUACUAGAUAAAACAUUUUAAAAUAACGCCUUCUCAACUUCUGUAAAUAGUUUCUGUUUUUAACCAAACGCUCAUUUAUAUACAAUUCUACAGAUAUAAAGGUAUUUAUUCCGGUUCUCUCUCUUGCCAUAUAUAUUGUACGUACAUGAACAUGUUCUAUUUAUUAUUUACGGUACAUAGGUAUGUUAUGCCAUAUUUUAUGAAACAAAAUAUAUUUUGCAGUUCCUACAAUCGACAAAA